AUGAACCGGAGUUUUCACAAGUCUCAGACCUUGCGCUUCUACGACUGCACCGCGGUGGAAGUCAAGAGCAAGUUUGGGGCAGAAUUCCGAAGGUUCUCCUUGAACCGUCACAAGCCUGGGAAGUUUGAAGAUUUCUACAAGUUGGUCGUGCACACCCACCACAUCUCCAACAGUGAAGUGACCAUUGGCUAUGCAGAUGUGCACGGUGACCUGCUUCCCAUCAACAAUGAUGAUAACUUCUGCAAAGCUGUCUCAAGUGCGAACCCCCUGCUCAGGGUCUUCAUCCAGAAACGAGAAGAGGCAGACCACUACAACUUUGGGGCAGGCACUCUGUCGCGGAAGAAGAAGGUGCUGGUGGCCCUGCGGGAUGAGGGCCUGCGCCGGCGAACACACCUGGACAUCAGUAUGCCGCACGACUUUCGCCCAGUUUCCUCUGUCAUCGACGUGGACAUCCUCCCCGAGACACACCGCCGCGUGAGGCUGUACCGGCAUGGCUGCGAGAAGCCACUAGGCUUCUACAUCCGUGAUGGCACCAGCGUGCGGGUGACACCGCAUGGGCUAGAGAAGGUGCCAGGCAUCUUCAUCUCACGCAUGGUGCCCGGGGGGCUGGCAGAGAGCACUGGGCUGCUGGCCGUGAAUGACGAAGUCCUAGAGGUAAACGGGAUCGAAGUGGCAGGGAAGACGCUGGACCAGGUCACGGACAUGAUGAUCGCCAACAGCCACAACCUCAUCAUCACUGUCAAGCCCGCCAACCAGAGAAACAACGUGGUGCGUGGUGGCCGUGCCCCUGGCGGCGGGGGACAGUCCUCGGAUGGCCCCCCGACCGCCCAUGUCCUGCAGAACUUUCACCCCGAUGAAGCAGAGAGCGACGAGGACGCCGACAUAGUCAUCGAGGGUGCCGCAGCCCCCUUGGCCCCAACAAGGGGCGUGCCCCUGGGGGGCCUUCCCCGUGCCAAUGGUACCAGCCUGGCACCUCGCCGGCCAUGGGACACGGCCCUACAUGGCAUGGGGCGUGAGGGCAGCACACACAGACUGCUCAGCACAAUGCGUCCAGACCCGCGCCACCACCUGGUGAUCCCACGCGGUGGUGUGGAGGAGCACGGACCCGCACUCACACUCUAG